UGUCCUCUGCCUAGAGAGGAUGGCGCUUGCUGCCCGGUCGUCUGUGCGCUCCCUGGUGCUGCUCGUGUCGCACGGGAGGCCACAGCUGAGCUCAUUCUUCUCCUCCUCCGCCGCCGCCAGAAGCGUGCCGCCGCCCAUCCCAGGAGCUGAUACUCCUCCGGCCGCUGCAGCCGUCCAGACCCCAGCUCCGCCAGAUCGUCCACGCACCAAGCAGGAAGAGACUGUUGUUCACCCACUCCCUGGGGUGCCACGCCCACGCCCACGCCCACCCCCACGCCCACCUCAGGCCGUUAAAGAUGUAGCCGGCAAGGUUUAUCCGAACGCCCCAGAAGAUCCUAGUAGUGCACACCCAACUCCUGAUCAGGGUUCAUCUAGCACACUUGAACCUGUAUUUCACAUCUUUGAAGAUCCUCGACACCGGCUUGUUGAUCCACCGGGUCGACCUCCACUUCCAGCCGUUAAAAGUGCAGCCGGCAAGGCUUAUCUGGACGCCCCCGAAGAUCCCACCACACACCCAGCUCCUAAUACUGGUUCAUGUAACGCAUCUGAACCUGUAUCUGCUGGCAUCUUCGAAGAUCCUCGACACCCAGUUCCUGAUCCAUCAGCUAGGGGGCGUAGCGCCAUGACCGACGGCGACGAGCCUGCGCAGUGCACCAAGGAGCAUCCCAAGUACCCAGUUCCCGACAGUUCAACUGACGAGGGCCCUGUUGAGGAACAUCCUGCAUACGCUACUCCUGGUUACGGUUCAUGUAGCACACCUAAGCCUGUGCCUGAGAAACCUCCCUCCGGCACCUACGAAGAUGUUAAGCAGCGGGAUGUUGAUCCACCACGCCCCGCGCGCGAAGGCGUUGGACACCAAGUUCCUGAUCCGUCAGGUAGGGGGAGUAGCGCUUUGCCCGAGGCCAGAGCAGUGCACCCAGGGCCCUCCGAAAUACCCAGCCCUGGACAGUUCCAAGUGACGACAUCCUUCAGACUGAAGUCAUAGGUACGAACUAGAUCCUAGUAUCCUACUGCUAUUGUAUAGCGUCGAAGAAAAAACUGGGCAGCUUCCCUUUGGCUUCUCCCUGUACUGGGCUGUAUAUACUGUAGACUCGUAAUUUUAUUUGGGAUGAAGUGAUCCAAAUUCUAUCGUGUUAUACUAA